AUGGAUAAAAACUCUUUAUCUGGCCCAAAAAACCACUUCUCAGCAGCCAACAAUACUUCCCAACCCAAUCGAGACACUCAUAACACCCAUAGAGACAACCCUAACCUCAUAGCUGCACAGAAGAGCAUCCAAGCAUCUAUAAUAAUACUGUUAAACUUGGAAGCCCAUACGGAAUCUAGUAAGGAUAGAGAUAUGCUGACAAAGCAGAUAGAAGAGGAGCACAAAGAACUAUCUGAGUUUUAUAUCAAAGAAAUUCAGAAGAUAGAGCAGAAACUUGGUGAAGCUUCUUGAAACCCUUCACUAGAGGAAUUCUGAUGUUUAAAGGAAGAAGCACAUAACUUGCUGAAAUCUCUUCAAGAUACACCUUCAGUCCUCCAAUUGUUUAUCGACCUCGGCAAGAGUGUUUUGUAUUCUGACUUACCCCAAUCCACUGACAUAAGUCCCAAAAAGGACAAACUCUCCUGUGUGUAUCCCCAGAUACAAGAACAAGCAAACUCCGCCUUUAAACCCCUAAAACUCACCAUGAACGAUAUGCUGCAAAGAGUUGAAUGGAGUUACAGUGGAGCUCCUCCAACCUUGGCUAAAAACACAGAGUCAACUGAUACUCCAGAAGAAGAGAAUAAAGAAGAAGGCCAUAUGUACAUCGAUUCUUCGAACAGCUCGAACCAUCCUCUUACAGAAGACAGUUUUCCCAGGCAAGGACAAGGUAUCGACUUUGACUCUUCGACUCAAUCCUCAACUCCCCCGUCUAUCAGCGCUCCUGAUCGCAUUGGCCCGUUCUCAGCACAGAAUCCUUCUCUUGGUCAGACCACCGACUGAUCUAGUGGGAGUGAGAAUGAGACUGAGACUGUAGGGCCGGAUAGGAGGGAUCAAGACCAAAAUAACCUUGAAAUAAACCUCGAUCUUACUGAAGAGAUCUGUAAGAUAGGCUCAACAGGAGUGGAAGGUAUAUCUCCAUUUCUGCCAGAAUGGUGGGAAAGCAUAGGAGCCUUAAGGCUUGAUAAUGUCCCAGACAAAAAUUAUGAGUUGAGAGAGAUCUUUGCGACAAGAUUUCCAGAUAAUGUAUUAGGACUGUACUUUAAUGCCAAUUCAGACUCACUGAAAUCUAUUGAUUUCUACGUUGAUGAACUCAUUAGCAUGGGUGCCAAAGCUCAACAUAGAAUGUUUGUUUACAACUAUGCGAUCAGUCAAAAGAACUUCCAAAAGAUCAUGGGUGCUAUGAAGGACAAAGAAAGGGUUGGAUUUCCGUUCUGUAAAAUGGACUUCUACACAGCCCCUAACCUUAAAAACAUUCUGAAAGGAACCAAAAUCAUACAAAUCUCAUUUAAAGGUUGUGGUAUAUCAACUAGAUGUAAUUGGAGGAAAAAUCCUCACCAUUUUGUUGGCCUAAUCCAGGGACUAGCAACUUCUGAAGACUUACAAAAGUCUUUAAAGACUAUUUGGCUGCCCAAGUCAUACUUAGACCUGAAAACAGUAAGACAAGCUCUUAACAACAAUGGAUUUGGCGAGGUCAAGAUUGGACAGGACUUAUUGUAAUCCUUUGCAGAAUCAGUCCAGGUUCUGAAAUUUGCAAAGAAAACGU